GCUAUUCACCAUUUUUCCUCUUGUAUGGCAGAGCUCCAAGAUUACCUAUCGAUUUGUUGUUUAAUCUUACAACUGACAAUGAGGAAACAGACAGCCAGGACUUUGUGCAAAAAUGGGCAACCAAGAUGAAAGAAGCUUACCAGAUUGCUGCAGAUAACAGUCGGAAAGCAUCGGCCAAGGGUAAGCAGUAUUAUGACCGUACAAUGAGGGGCGCUAUUCUUCAACCAGGUGACAGAGUCAUAGUCAGAAACCUAUCUGAGAGAGGAGGAUCAGGAAAACUCCGUGACUACUGGGAAAAAGAGGUAUGUCGUAUUGUGGAGAGAAUUAAAGACAGCCCAGUGUACAAGGUACAGCCAGAAGUUGGUAGCAGAACACCUCGGAUACUACACCGCAACCUCCUGCUCCCUGUCAAUGACUUACCUCUUGAAAAAGACACUAAAUUGAACACAGUGAAAAGGAAAAUGCAAAGACCAGCAAGAACAAAUAGUGAGACACCAGACUCAGCGUCUGAUCACUCCGAUGAGGAAGCAGAAACCUCAUAUGGCCCCCAUCGCUUGCCAAGCUUUCCUGCACAUGUCAGAUCUGAGGUCAUAGAAUCUGAGUCACACUCCAGGCUCAGAGCCAAGGCCCGAGAGGUCUACCCUGAACCACGAGAACCACGACAACCUGACAGAAAUCCUUCGCAAGGAACAUCAAGGGAACAAGGACUGGAAAUGGAGACCAGUGUUGCUGAACCCCAGGUGGGGAAUAUUGAUGAAGCAGUGGAACCCACAAAUGGUCAAGAAGACCUAGCAACAGAACACCAGAGUGACAGAGAAGGGGACACUUUAAGAAGAUCAGCUCGCACUGUCAGACCCAGAGAAGUAUUCACAUACCACAGACUGGGGCAGCCAUCAUACCAGCCUUGGAAUCCUGGUGUCCAUGCAGUUAUACAGAAUCCUAUGUAUCUGUUACCAAGUCCCACAAUAAUGUAUCCAGCAUACCCAGGAUUUGAUUAUUACCUAAGACCAUUGGUUGAAACACAAUAGACACUGAACUAAAGGCCGAGCCUUUGGAGCAAGAUGUCAGGAGACAUCUCAAAAAAAUAGGGGAGAGUGUAAUGGGCUAUAAACCAGUGUUUUAAAGAAAAUGCAGAAUUUCUGGAAAAUUCUGCUACAGGUUAUUGCUGAUGG